AUGGUCGACUUCCCGUCCUCUGGCCCCGACAUCCACAUUGCACCGAGCCCAUCUGCCCUCGACCUCGCCCAGCAGCGGUCGACAUAUCUCCCCUUCCGCCGCAUCUCUCUACCUUCUGCACCCAAUCUCAUCCACCGCCAGUCGAUUGUUUCAACCGCUUCGUUCGACUCCCUCCCCGAACCCCGUCCCCUGCUUGGGCCCGUGCCCGUGACUCCAGUCGUCAUUCGGAAUGCUGUCCACGGGCCUAAGUCACGUCCCUCAACCUCCCAGCUGGAUCCGGUGCGCCGAGGAGUACGCAGGAGGGAGAGUCGAGUCAUCGACGACCAGCGCGAGGCGAAGCGGCGCAAGGUCAUCACCGAGUUCUACGAGACGGAGAGGUCCUACCUCGACGGGCUCGAGCUCAUCCACUCGCACUUCCUCACUCCCAUCAUUGCCUCGCUCGACGGCUCCCAGCCGCUGCUCACCCGUGCGGAACUCACCUCCAUCUUCUCCAACUUCAUCGACAUCUGGAAUUUACACCGCUCCUUCUACGCUGCUCUCACCGACUUCCUCAAUGCAUCCGCCGACACUCGUGCUCACUAUGCUCCUCCCCCGCUAUCACCUGUGCUUCUGGCCCACUUCCCCUACCUUUCGCUGUACACACCCUUCGUCAGCUCCUUCUCUGAUGCGCUUGCGUCAUAUGCAGCUCUGUUGCGAAAUAACUCGGCAUUCUCUGCGUUCAUUGCGGAGAAGGAGGCGGAUCCGAAGUGCGGGAGACUCAAGUUUAGGGACUGGUUGUUGACCAUCGUUCAACGGUGUCCACGGUAUCUGCUUCUCCUUAAGGACAUGAUCAGCUGCACCGAUCAAGAAGAUCCGGAGUAUCAGUCGUUGACGGCGGUGCAUACACUUGUGUCGAAGAUCACCAUGUCUCUGAACACAUCAUUGCAUACCCACGCCCAGACCCUUUCGCUUCUGGCUCUCCAACGCAACACCUCGAACCUCCCCUUCCAGCUCAUCUCCCCCGGCCGUACCUUCCUCCGGCGCGCUCCUCUUCUCCAGCUCGAAGGCUCGUCUCCGCGCGAGCGCGAAUUCCUCCUCUUUUCCGACUGCCUCAUUUGGCUUUCCAGCGCCGACGGCGAAGGCUUCUCCGACAAAUGGGCUGCGCUCUCCACUUCACCCACCGUCGAUGUGUUCAAUCUGGCGACUGGCAACGACCGCCCCCGCUCGCGCACUCGUAGUGAUGUGCACCACGAAGCAGACGCCAUGCGCCGCCGACAGUCCAUUCUUCAACUGAAGCUGAAUGGCAGCCCACGGAAGAAGCGGCAAGCCAGUACCGGCGUCGACGAGCGCUGGGUUUACCGAGGUCAUGUCGAGCUCGUCGACAUUGAAGUCGUGGUCAGCACGACCUGUGCUGGGGACGGACUUGAGUAUGGUUUCGACUUGUUGAGCCCGCAUCGGUCGUUCGCGGUGUACGGAGCGAACGAGGAAGAGCGAGAUGAGUGGGUGACCGCGAUCCGGAAUGCAAAGGCGUCGUUGCUCGUGUCGUUGAGCGUGAUGCAGCUCAACUCGACGUUGACGUCGUCGGCAUCGACAAACCACCUACGGAGAACACUACAGGCCUUGCCGUAUGCGCCUGAGGAUGACACCAAGCCGAAGCGAGGCAGGGUUGAGCACUUCGUGCCCGCGGUUUGGGUUCCAGAUGGGAAGACAGAGAGCUGCAUGCGGUGUGGGAGGACCUUUGGAUGGAGGAGACGGAGGCAUCACUGUCGCCUUUGCGGGCGUUGCGUGUGUGGCGGCUGCUCGGGCAAGACGUUCUUCAUUGUCGACUCAGACAAAGACUCAAAGUCUGCCCGCGCGUGCGACUCGUGCUAUGACACCGUCUUCCCCCUCGUUGAGCAGCCUUCGGAACCCCAUGUAAUCGUCACCGCUGGGACCAUGCACGGCCACUUCACACUCUCCGGCCUCAAGUCCAUGCCUUGUCUCCUGCUGGCCGCUGAAGGCGGCGGCGUGUCUCACUCCGCGUCGGCACUCAUGGCCAUCGACCUCGACCGAUCGUUCCCCAGAUACGAUGAGGACGACGAGCUCGAGCCCGAUGGCGACGCCCCCCUUUCCCCGCCGGCCGUUCCGGUGCGCAUGAAGUCCGCUGCAAGGCCGAAGAGCUACAUCCAGAUCUUGGAAGACUUCCAGGAGCGUGCAGGCUCCCCGACCCGCUCACCACGUGCCUCGCGGUUCAGCACCCACUCCGUAUUGGACGAGACCCACGGUGUGCCGGACGAGCGUGAAGAGGAUGCGCUGGCGGCAUCCAUGGGCGGCGAAACCCUCGCAGCGUCGAUGGGUGGGGAGACGCUUGAGAAGGAGAAGGAGAAGGAGAACACCGCCCGCAGGAACAAGCGUUUCUCGCUCCCCGCCGUCGCGCUGCAAACGAACCCGGUCACGGCGCGCCCCGCCGCACAAGGGCGCGGGCACGGGCACGGCUCGAGCAUGCACAACCGAUUCUCUCUCGUCCUCGGCAAAGGCGACUUGGCCCACUCAGCCUCGCACAUGCGCGUGCGUGUGGAAAGUCCGAAGAGGCACAGUAUCGCGGCGGGGCGGUUGUCAGAGCUCUUGGGGCGCGUGGGCAAGGAUUAG